AUGAUUGGUGAGCUGUUAGCCCAAAAGCAAUCCAAAGAUGAAGAGAAACAAAUUUUAUCAAUGAAAAAAUCGAUGGACUCCCCAUUUGUUGAAAAGAUAAGGCGCUACCGCCCACCGUCGAAUUUAAACCAGCCUCAAUUCAAGGAGUUUUCCGACGGACGCAAUGGAAAUCCAGUGGAGCACGUCCAACGAUUUCAAGCCUCAAUGAGUUUGUGGAUCUUCAGCGACGAGCUACUCUGUGGAACCUUUCCAAUGACCUUGACGGGUAAGGCUCUAACUUGGUUCUCACAAUUAGAGUCAAAUUCAAUUAGGAGUUUCAGGAUUCUUUCAGAUGUGUUUUUUGAAAAAUACAAGAUUAACCUCGGAAUCAAAAAAGAGAGCAGUCAUUUAUUCCUCUUGCACAGAGAGCCUGGCGAAAGUCUUUUUGAUUUUAAUAGGAGAUUUCGUCAAGAAUUUAAUGAAUUUGGAAAGGUGGACGAGGGAUUCGUAAUAGAGGCAUAUAAAAAUGCAAUGGAUUACGAUGAGUUUGGAAUUUACAACUCGUUAGAAGUUCAACCAGUAAAAAACCUCAAAGAGUUGUAUGACAGGGGUGAUAGGUACGCCAAAGACAAGAAGGAAAAGAAAGCAAAGUUGUCACGAACAACAAAAAGGUUCGGAACCGAGGGACACGCCACACCACGACAACAUUUUCAGGCGAUUUUAAAGGGAAAAUCACGAUGA